AUGAAAACGCUUAACAAGGUGUCGCUCAGAAACCAAACCCGCAAAGCCGUCGUUAAGCAAACGGAUGAGUGUAUCUCCCCGUCUGUCCUGGGGACUGGCUGUUCAUCGGAGAACAUGAAAAUAGGCAAAAAGUCUCUGCUUCCUUUUAUGGCAUUUACAUCGAGAAAACGACAACAGAUGGCCGAGACCGAGCCCCCCGACGGCGCGGGCAGUGGCUUCCCGCUGCUCAAAGUGGCCAUCCUGCUCCUGUUCAGCUACGUCCUCCUGCGCUGUCGCCACGCUGUGCGGCAGCGCUUCCUUCCUGUCUCUGCCCGCCUGGUGGGCCACUCCGGCUUCUCCCACAGACACCUCUCAGAGCCCGGCCUUGGCAUCUUGUUGGAGAGUUACUACGAACACGAGGUGCGCCUGUCGCCUCACGUGCUGGGCCACAGCAAGGCGCACGUGAGCCGGAUCGUGGGCGAGCUGGUGCGGGCUGGCCGAAUCCGGGGGUCCCCAGGCCCCAUCUCCGGGGGAGCGUUGGCUUUGGCCUUCCGCGGGGACUUCAUCCAGGUGGGCAGCGCCUACGAGCAGCACAAGAUCCGCCGGCCGGACAGCUUCGACGUGCUGGUGCCCCUGCGCCUGCCGCCGCUGGUGGCGCUGGAGCCUCGGAGCCUGGGCACUGAACCUGCUCUGGCCCCCGCGUUCCACAGCUGCUUCGUGUGUGCUCUCAAGGCACCUCCCUCGCCGUCGGGAACCUCGGGGGGCCACUGGCUCCGGAACUGCAAACCCUUCGCAGACAGCUUCUGCGUGGAUGUCCGUGGCCAGCGCCACCUCUCUGCCGCUUUGGUGCUGCGCUGGUUCCAGUCUCACCUGCAGCGCUCCCUGGCCACCGUGCGCUACAAACUGGAAGAGUGCUGUCGGGUCAGCCUGUCCCCUGGCGGCCUGGAGCAGCCUCCUACCCUACACAUCCUACCCUGCCGCACGGAUUAUGGCUGCUGCCGCCUUUCCAUGGCAGUGCGGCUCAUCCCUGCAGUCCAUCUCGGGGACAGUGUCUUCCUCGUGGCGCCACCCCCGCCACCCUCGCCAGUCGGGCCUCUCUCGGAGCUCCCAGGAGGCCUGCGCUCCGAGGCACUGUGGGGUGUGAACACAGCUCGACAGGAGCAGAAGCUACUCGGCUGGCUUCAGGAACGGGCCGCUUCAGGUGCCUGCUACCUCAAGUGCCUCCAGUUGCUGAAAGCUCUGCGAGAUCUGGGCGCCCGCGGGCUGGAUCCGACGGCUGCCGCUCAGUGGGGACACAUACUAUCCUCAUACGUGCUCAAGACGGUGGUGCUGACAGUGUCUCUUCGCGAGGGGACUUCAGGGCCAGGCUGGGAGGAGGCACACCUGAGCGAAUGCUUGGAGGAGCUGGUGCAGUUCCUCAAGGCCUGCCUGCUGGGGCGCCAGACGCUCUUCCACUGCGUCUUGGGCCCCGAUGGGGCAGCCGCUGAAGUGGGCCCUCUGCCCAAGGUACUUCGAGAAGCUGCCCCGGUGGACCUCCUGGCCGCUUUCGACCUGCACGCCAGGGAGCUAGCAGCGGCGAGAUUGCUGUCCACUUGGAGAAGGCUGCCUCAGCUUCUCCGGGCCUUCGGUGGCCCUCGAUAUCUUGCCAGGUGCCCCUCACCCUGGAGUCAGCGCUCUCAGGGCUUCCCUGAACAGGAACCAUAGACACUGAGAGGCCCCUCCUCUGCCUGAACGCUCCUAGAGCCUUUCCCACGGGUGGGGGCGGGGUAUUGAGGGAGGGGUUAAACGUUCAGAUGGCUGAGGGAAUCGUUGGACAGCGUGGCUUAACUGUCACGCCCUGGCUCCACAGCCCAGUGUAGUUACUGCGUCUUCUUCACACUCACCAGAGCCUGGCUAAACCAGGGAAUGACGCCUAACUGCAGCUACUGAGAGCUGGUCCACAUGGUGUCCCUGCAGAAUCUGGUAGAAAGAUCCAGCUCUUAGGGAAGGCUAGCAAAGGAGGCAGGGCCAAUUGCGGAGAAAGUUCCCUUUGCUGAUUUUCAGACUUAGAUCUCUCUGCCCCAAAGUUUUUAAACAUGAAUAUUUUUUAUAUACCUAAUUGCAAGGUACUGGGUUUCCAAUUCCUUUUUUUUUUUUUUCUCUCAAAUCAAUCCACAACUGGAAUUGAAGUUAUGUUCCACAGUUAAUAUUCUGUGGGACAUCACUCCUUCAUUCAGAUUAAUAUUAAUGUGCUUAAAUGGUGUAAUCACAGGCAUCUAAUAGGACUGUCAGUAAGCCACAUGUCUUGAGAGCCAAUCAAGAGUUGGUUGGAGAGGUUUCUAGAGUAAAUAGCACUUUAUGUUGAUCAGUUCUCCUAUUUUGUGGUGCUUGUUAUGUUGCAUCUGAAAGGAAGGCCAGGAACCUUUUUUAUGAAGUCCCAUGCAGCUUCACAAAGCAGCCAGCAUGAUUCCUUACCAUCCCAGCAGCCACAGCUGGGCUGUUAUCGAGUGCCUGCUACAGGCAAGGUAGCAACAGAAUCCUUAAUGAAGUCCAUGCUGGUGAAGCCAUCAAACGUGUUGGGUCUCGAGAAAGAUACAGUUCAGUCUUUGCCUGUUAAGAUGUCUGGCAAGGGUCUGCUGCUGGCUGGUCACAGAAACCUUUUUGGCUUGAAGGCUUUCUAGCAAACUCCUUUGCAAAGAUUUCUUUAGGAGUUUAAGGAGCUUGUGGAGAGGAAAUGAACAGUCGUCUCUGUGCCUGAUGUGUUCUUGUUCCCAGUGCACAGUGAUGGUUUUUGGGUGGAAGGUACUUCUCACCGGUCCAGCCAGCCCCUGGUCCUGAGGGACUCUUGAUUUAGCUUGAGUCUUGGCAACAAAGAGUUCAGUAUCUUAGGAUCUGUGCUUGGGCAUCACUUUCUCCCAGUCAGGGGGCAGAAGAGAUAGAGCAUAGAGGAAAUAAGCUAGAGGAAAGUAAAGGAAACAGUCUUUGGGAGAAGUCAUCUCUUUUUUGCGGGGUAGGGCAGAAGUUCCGCCGGGGUUGGAUGUUAUUUUGCAGCCCAGCGGAGCCUGUUUGCUUUCAGUUCAAGGUUAGCAUGGCCCAUCAUCUGCUUCUCUGGCUGGAGGUGCAGCCAAUCUCAGCAUUAUAUGUUUUUUGUUUUUGUUUUGUUUUUUGUGGUACAGGGGAUUGAACUCAGGACCUUGUGCUUGUGAGGCAGGCAGCAGAGUCACUGAGCUAAAUCCCCGGCCCUCAGCAUAUAUAUAGUUGGAGACUUUUUUUUAAGCAAAGACAUGUGCUUCCUUAGACUCUUCAGAGCAAAACUUGGAAGACAGAAGUAGUUACAUGAAUAGAUCCAUUGUUUCCUUUCUGAGCUAUUUUGAGGGACUUCUGUAAACCUCCUUUCUUUAGGGGACCCACUUGGCCACUGUGGGAAAUCAUUGCAAAUAAAUGAUUUACAGGGAAUCUUUGUCAUCAGAGCUGCAUGGGCUUCUUACAGCCUUGGCAACCGUGGGCUGAAGGAGAAACAGCUGCAGCUGUCGCGGCGUUCUGGGGACCAUUCCCCUUGACACCCCAAAGUUCAUUCCUAGCUUUUGAGGCCAACGUUAUAUCAUAUGGUACUGCACUGAGCAAAAGGAUUAACCCACCAGCUUCCUGCAAAGAUAUAAACUGCACAGUGUUUUUAAAAAUUACUUUUAAGUGCCAAGACUAGAAUAUAUAUAUAUAUAUUUCCAUACUCAGCCUAACUUCCCCUAUAGUCAUUAAAUCUACUGGGGAGGCUAUCAGAUGGAUUAUAAAGCUUUAUUUUUUUAUUUUUUGGAUUAUAAAGCUUUAAAAGCUAAGUUUUCCAAAUAUGUCU